UGCCACCCUGCGGCAGUGAACAGCUUUGAGUGCAUGCACCACCGCACAUGGCGAUUUAGUCUCCGUCCGCAGAUUGCCCAUUAGAAGAGGUGCCCACGCGCAGCGAUGCCAUUGGCCGGCCUACCGAACCUGAAGGGCAAAACGCACCGCAGACCAAAAGUGUAUCAAACGAAGCGCCAGGGUCCAAAGUACUUACAUACAGUCGUAUCAGUCUGGAAUGGUGGUCAGCGGCGGUGCCACGCCUCCACGCCCCAAAAAACAUGGUGAGAACAUCCACCAGGCACACCACGUUGCAAGCGAGGAGAGGCGGCGGCAGUAGUAGGAGUCCGCCCUGGCUGGCGCGGCACAAAGUAGACAAGCCUCGGUGAUGUAUACCUUGCAUUCACCGAGCGAGCAGGAGGACGGAAGCAAGCAUGACCUAAGUUGCUGCGCACGGCUAUCAUGGACAGUAAAAGUGGCGUUGGGGAGCAGCGCUAAUCCAAGGUACGCCAUCGAACUCCUACCGCUCCCAGACGCUGCCUUAUAGCUUGCUCCCCCUCGCCGCCCUUUGCUGACUACUACUUCAACACACGCUCAUCCUCCUUUCCAUAAACCCUUUUACCACUAGUCUUACCAUUAAUCCAAAUCUAUCCCAUCAUCCUUCAAGAUGCAAUUCUUCAACAUCGCCGUCUCUGUCCUUGGACUUCACAUCCUUGCUGCCGUUGCAGUCCCCGUCCCUGAUACUGCUGUCGGCCAGCCCGACGCUGUUCCUGCACCUGUCCCUACUCCUGUCGCUGCCGCAGCUCCUAGCGAGACGACACAAGUCGACGACCCUGACGAUGCUUUCAAGUACGAUUGGUAAAUCGUCUGGGGAACAAAAGCUUCGUUGGAGCAUGGGCCUCGUUUUUUUCUUUCUUCUUCUCUCAAGUGUAGAACUACAAUUUCACGACUGAAUGGCAUUUAUAAAGUACAUAAUCAUCACCACCACCACCACCACUACUACUACUACUACUACAGGUAGAAACAAUACAAAAAACACUUGAAACUAUU